CUUUUGAUACACACCGCUGUCUACCUGUAAUGUAUUUUCCUUCAACAGCAAAGUAAAUUAUAUCUUUGGGGAGAUUUGUUUCUGGUAUGAAUCGGGUACAUGACGUUUGUAUAUUAGGAUGGAGUUUUCCUAAAACACUAAAAAUUACAGAUUUUAGUUAGUGUUGCCUUAACUAGUGAUAUCAAGAAGAGAGAUAUUGAAGAGGAGAUUGGGAACAGAUUAGAACUGGCUCAGUGUUGCAUACAAAAGGUUCUGUUGGGUUGUUUUGUUAUUUUUUUGUUAUUAUUAUUAUUAUUAUUAUUAUUUUGAAAUACUUGGUUUAAGGAGAAGAUCUUGUUGUACUAGUCUUGAUUGAUGGUGUCGGAUACUUGCUUGUAUAAGAUUACUGUAAAAAUGAGAACCAUUGAAUUGAGACAGCCGGCAAUGACUGGCAAGAGAGCAGAUGAUUGGCUUUGGAGUGAAAGCACUCACGGAUUGGUUGCAGUGCUUGGAACGGUGACGUAAUCAAGGAAUUUUAUUCAUAGAAGUAGGCAAAGCCCAAGUACACAGGAUGUGACAUGAAUCAAGAAGUGGAGAAAUCCUUGACCCAGCCAGAGAGUGCUAAUGGGUCUAACUCAAACAGUUCGGACCCUGUAACUCGUGUAAGGAAUCUGCUGUUUCGUCGAAUGCUGGUGGGAAUUAGAGAUGGACGGUUUUUCUUGGGCACCUUCCACUGCAUUGACAAGCAAGGAAACAUCAUUCUCCAAGAUGCUGUGGAGUAUCGUAGCACCCAACGCUCCUCCCCUUCUCCCAUGGAACAGCGGUGCCUCGGUCUUAUUCUCAUCCCUUCCUCUUGCCGUUUUAGGAAUUGAGAGCAAUUGUCAUUGCUAAAAUUUUAGGAAUUGAGAGCAGUUCUGAAUUUCAUAAAUUAUUUUCCCAAAUCAAUGUAGAAGAAAUGAGACGUUACCCCUACGAUUUUUGUGUGAAAUGAUAUGAUGAAUGACAGAAACGGACAUGAUUUUGCAGGCA